GACAUUACUGUUUGAAAAAAUGUAAUCAAAAUUCCCUAUUUUAGUUUUUUUAAGAAACUCACAUAAAUUUGAAUAUUCAUUAGCGCAAACUGCAGCAAUGCGAGUGUUUGCCACACUCAACUAUCUUACAAUAGUGUCUCAUACACCUAUCGAUAAGCGUAGCGCAUCGCUAGUUGAAGUGCAGUUCGGUCACACUGGCCAAUAAUAAAAGCAAAGCAAAAAAGACUCAAUUCGUUUUCCGUCAUUAAUCAUCAAAAAUUCAAAGCGUGAAGUUGCAGGAAGAGCAACUUGAAUUAAUACAAAUAAAUAAUUAACCAGUGCUGUACAAAGCAGUAAACUUAACAACAAAAAUGCGCAACGCUGGCCUUUUGGCCAUUUUGGCUCUGUUUGUUUGCGCCGUUGGCGUUUCUUCAACGCCCGUCGCUGAACAGGUUGCGCUUUUGGGUAGCGCGAAAUGCACUUGGGGCCCUUCAUAUUGGUGUGAGAAUCUCAGCAAUUCGAAGGAUUGUCGAGCGACGCGUCAUUGCAUUCAGACCGUGUGGGAGAAGCGAAUUGUACCUGUGGAUACUGAUUCGAUUUGUGAUAUAUGCAAGAAAAUGGUGGAUGAGGCACGCGAACAGCUGCGCAGCAAUCAAACCGAGGAGGAGCUGAAGGAGGUCUUGGAGGGCUCCUGCAAACUGAUCCCAAUUAAGCUGAUCCAAAAGGAAUGCAUCACACUUGCCGACAACUUUAUACCCGAACUGGUCGAGGCGCUCUCCUCCCAAAUGAAUCCCGAUCAAGUUUGCUCUGUGGCCGGUUUGUGCAACAGCGCCCGCAUCGAUGAGCUGCGGAUGCACGGCUUUCAGGCUACACUCAAUGGCACACUGAAGGAGGAGGAUGUCGAUAUGGAAAGUGGUGUUGUGGCCAAGAAGCCGGAGGAAAAGAAGGAGAUCGACUUGAAGCAAUUGUCAUGUGGCAAUUGCAAUCUGCUUGCACGCCUCAUGCAACACAAGUUCGCGUCAACGAAUCGGGACAAUAUGGUCGAGCAGUUGUUGCACGUCUGCGGCACCAUGUCCAGUUUCUCGGAUGCAUGCGCCAGUCUGGUGUUGACCUAUUUCAAUGAUUUGUACGAGCAUCUCGAGCAACAUUUGCAAACGAACGGCUUGUGCCAUUUGUCGGGUGUUUGUGCGGCACGCUAUCAUCAGCACGAGGAUGACCCCAAGGAGGAGGAGACCGAGGAACUUGCCACCUUCGACGGUGUCGACGAUGAUAUUCCCUGUGCUCUCUGCGAACAGCUGGUGAAACAUUUGCGCGAUGUACUCGUCGCCAAUACGACGGAGACGGAGUUCAAGCAGGUGCUCGAGGGUUUCUGCAAGCAGUCGCGCGGCUUUAAGGACGAAUGCAUCAGCAUUGUGGACCAGUAUUAUCAUGUUAUCUACAGCACGCUGGUCAACAAUCUGGAUGCGAACGGCACCUGUUUCCUCAUCGGCGUCUGCCCCAAGGGCAACAGUGUGAUCUAUGAUGCACCCAUUGUGCCACUCGUGCCUGUUGUUGCACCAGCUGAAGUUCAAAUUAGCAUCAAGCGAUUGGGCGCCAAUGAGCCGAAGUUUACUCAGCAACAGAUUAUGGACAUGCAGUUGCCCUUUGAUUCGUUGAUGGGUGCCGCUAAUCGCCUCCAGCUGGUUAACGAGGGUUCCCUGUGCACCGUUUGUGAAUAUUUGCUGCAUUUUAUACAGGAAACACUUGCAACGCCAGCGACAGAUGAUGAGAUUAAGCACACCGUGGAGAACAUUUGCACCAAGAUGCCACAUGGUGUGGCCGCUCAGUGUCGCAACUUUGUCGAGAUGUAUGGCGAUGCGGUGAUUGCGUUGCUCAUUCAAGGUUUGAAUCCACGCAGCGUUUGUCCCAUGAUGCAGAUGUGUCCCCGGAAUCUGGAGUUGAGCGAGGACAUUGAGGUAUUCCAGCCAGAGACAACGGUGCACAACAGCAGUCCCAACGAUGAGCAGGAUAAGCCAACGUGUCCGCUUUGUCUGUUUGCCGUUGAGCAGGCACAGAUCAAGAUACGCGACAAUAAGUCCAAGGAUAACAUUAAGCGUGUCCUCGACGAUCUCUGCUCACAUCUGCCCAACAAGCUGCGCAGCGAAUGCGUUGAUUUCGUUGACACCUAUUCGAAUGAGCUGAUCGACAUGCUCAUCACUGACUUCAAGCCGGAGGAGAUUUGUGUUCAGCUCAAACUGUGUCCCAAGACCAAAAACUAUUUGGACGAUCUGGGUUUGAGUCUGUCGGAGAGCAGCGAUGAGAAUGAGAUCUUUGGCAGCAACGAGGAGCUGCCCAUUGAGUUGAGCUUUGACAAGGAUUUCAGCCUCAGUCCCAAUUGUCUGCUCUGCGAGGAGGUCGUCAAGCAGGUGGAGAAGAGGAUUGGCAAGCAUGCAACUAAAGCGGAGAUCAAAGACGCCUUGGCCCACUCCUGCGACAAAUUGAGAAAACCUUUGGCUCACAAGUGCCACAUGUUUAUCGACAAACAUGGCGAUCAAAUUGCCGAUCUGUUUCUGAAGCAAAUGUCACCCAAAUUGAUCUGCGCCGAGUUGGGCGCGUGUAUAAUCGGCGGCGGCGAGCAGGAGGAUCUUGACAUCGAUGAGGCGCUCAAGUACGAUGUUGUUGUGCUUGCCAAUCCGCAGGACGACGAUAAACUGGCACGUCUGGAGUCAUCUAGCUCGGUGGAGGAGCCGCCCACGUGUGUACUGUGCGAGUUUGUGAUGACAAAGCUGGAGGCGGAUCUGCAGAACAAAACCGAACAGGAUGAGAUCAAGAAGGCGAUACGCAAUGUCUGCAAUCAUCUGCCGGCAACAAUACGCAAACAAUGCGACACCUUUGUGGACAGCUAUGCGACUGCGAUAAUCAGUCUGUUGAGCAAGGUGCCGCCCAAGGAGGUGUGCCAGAAGAUGCAGCUCUGCUUCAGUUCGGUCGUCUCCGAUGAGGUCAUCGAGUGCGGCGUCUGCCACGGCAUCUCCCAAGCCCUGUUGCCCUUCUUCCGCUCGCAGAAGCAACACGACCAGCUCACAAGCCAGGACAUGAUUGGCCACGCCUGCGAGAACUUGCCAGCCAAGUACUACAAUAUUUGCUCGGAAAUGAUCUCGAUUUAUGGCAUCAGCAUCAUGCAUCUGGCGGAGCGUCCUUAUAUCGAUCAAUCGCACGUCUGCUCCGAGAUUGGCAAAUGCUUCGAUAGCGAGAAGUCGGCGCUGGCCUUUGCCAGAAUUUCAGCUUAAGAUGUUGCUUGUGAUGUGUCGCAGAAUGGAGGCGCCACGAAUUAUACAUAUAACUAUAUAAUUAUAUAUAUAUCUUUACUUAUCUGUUUACAUUCUAUAAACCAUUGACUGUAAAUGAUCGAAACAACUUA